GACAUGAUCGCCGGUGGCACAGAGAGCUCCGCCAUGACCGUGGAAUGGGCCAUCUCCGAGCUCCUCAAACGACCGGAAAUCUUCAAGAAGGCUACCGAGGAGCUCGACCGGGUCAUCGGACGGCACCGGUGGGUCGAGGAGAAGGAGUUGCACCACCUCCCCUACAUCGAAGCCAUCAUCAAGGAGACCAUGAGGAUGCACCCGGUGGCACCCAUGCUCGUUCCCCGGCAAUGCCGUGAGGACUGCAAUGUCGCCGGCUACGACAUCCCGGCCGGGACUCGUGUUCUGGUCAAUGUAUGGACCAUUGGGAGGGACCCUACGAUAUGGGAUGCGCCGGAGGAGUUCCGGCCGGAGCGGUUCAUCGGCAGCACGAUUGAUGUCAAGGGGCAGGACUUCGAGCUUCUGCCGUUCGGGUCCGGGCGGCGGAUGUGCCCUGGGUACAGCCUUGGGCUCAAGGUGAUACAGGUGAGCCUGGCCAACCUACUGCAUGGUUUUGCAUGGAGGUUGCCUGAUGGGAUGAAGGUGGAGGAUCUGAGCAUGGAGGAGAUCUUUGGGUUGUCGACACCGAGGAAGGUGCCACUCGAAGUAGUCGUCGAACCGAAGCUUCCGGUUCAUCUUUAUGCCGUGUGAUUUUGAGGCCUCUUGGAAUGAAUCCAGUCAAUAGAAACAGAGGUACCUCAAUGCCUAUAAAAUACAUAAAUAAAUAAAGAAAAGAAAAAACGAUGGUAUUCUGGCUAUCAGGUGCAAGAGUGGUGCAUCCUUUUAUCUUUUAAUGUAACAGAUCAGUGAUGUAGAAGAAUGUUUGCUACUUAAAAAUGAGAUGUAAAACUAAGGUAUAUGAUGUUAAGAGUAA